AUGAAACCUGCCGCAGCUGUGGGGACUCGAGGUCCAGAUGGCCAUGCCUAUGAAUGCAAUCAUUUGGAUCAAUAUCAUGUGCCCACCAAUUUUGGUACCGCUGGCAGAGCAUCUUUCCCUUUGCUGGCACCGCGCCAAGCCUUCGCUGAAACAGGUCCCUCUCAAUUUCCUGCAAAGCAGCCUGAGGGCAUAUAUCCGAGGGGUCUUCCAAAUGGAAAUGGAUUUAUACCUUCUAAUCCCACUCCUAAUGGAGGCGUGAGGGGAAGUUUUCCUGAAAUCAAUGGUGUUCUCCGGGGGUUGCAGGAUCGCGCUCAGGCAGCAGGCCAAACACCAGAGUCUCAUAUUUCUAGUACGAUCCCAGCAACUUCCAAACAUUUGGAAAAGACGCAGGCCUUACCCCCCAAUCCCAUUCAGAAGACGUCGACAUCUCCAGCUAGGACCAUCAAUAUUAUGUCUUCGUCAACAUCUUCGUCGUCCUACAAUAAAAGUGUCGACAAUGGAUCUAUUCAGGCGAAGUACCGGCCACGUUCCUCGAUACCUUCCAGGAUGCCCGCUGCAGUCUAUGCCCAACAAUGUGUGGCAGCGGCGUAUGCGUCCCGGCUUAAUCCAUACGCGCUUCACAAAAAGGAACAGGAACUCCUCCAAGACCACAUGUGUCAUCUACAUGUCACUGUCUACUUAAACAUUCGAAACGGCAUUUUGCGUUUGUGGACUCGUAACCCAAUGCUGAGUGUUUCGAAGGAGGAAGCUAUGGGUUGUGCAAAGGACUAUCGCUGGAUGAACCUGGCAUCGUUUGCUUAUGAGUUUCUCGUGCGCAAUGGAUACAUCAAUUUUGGCUGCGUAGAGAUACCAGUCGCUCCAGCACACCCAAAGAAGGGUCGACGGCGGGAUGGGCCUGUGAUUGUGGUGAUCGGGGCUGGGAUGGCCGGCCUGGGGUGUGCACGCCACUUGGAAGGCCUCUUCAACCAUUAUCAUGACCCGCUCACUUCGCCCCGUGUGAUAGUACUGGAAGGAAGACGCAGGAUUGGGGGCCGUAUCUACUCGCAUCCUUUGCGAAGCCUCCAGUCCUCUACCUUAGCUCCAGGAUUAGUUCCCAAGGCUGAAAUGGGCGCUCAGAUUAUUGUCGGCUUUGACCAUGGAAAUCCUUUGGACCAGAUUAUCCGGGGCCAGCUGGCUCUUCCCUACCAUUUAUUGCGCGACAUAUCUACAAUCUACGACAUAGAUGGCUCAGCGGUGGAUGAAGCGCGGGACGCAACAGACGAGAUGCUCUACAAUGAUAUACUGGACCGAUCCGGGAAUUAUCGCCACAAGUCCGUGAUAGUCCCGACAGCAGAAGGUGACCGGGAUCUCAUCGAUUCUGGGCGUGAUGUGUCCACUAGCGACGGCCUUACAAUAAGACAAUACGAAGAAGCCAGGGCUGCUGGCACCAUCGGGCUUCUGUUUCCUGCCAAGCGCGUCCGGCGAGGUGUCGGCCACAAAACCGCUGACAUUAAACCGGCCGGUGCCCCAUUGGCCGAUUCUGACAACAGCGAGGAAAACCCAGCUCGCCUUGCCUGCCAAACGAUGGGCUGGAGUUUAAACAAUGGGGUUGCAGUGAACCAGACCAUCAAUUUGGACAAUGUGGCUAAAGCCUCCCCUUUUCCGACAUUAGGCGCCGUGAUGGAUGAUGGUGUGCGACAGUACCAGCGCAUACUCCCAUUGACUCCGAAAGACAUGCGACUAUUGAAUUGGCAUAUGGCUAAUUUGGAGUACGCAAACGCGGCGAACAUUGGCAAGCUCAGUCUUUCCGGGUGGGAUCAGGAUAUGGGCAACGAAUUUGAAGGAGAGCACUCACAAGUGAUCGGUGGAUAUCAGCAACUGCCGUACGGGCUCUGGUCGCUGCCUACAAAACUCGACGUCCGUACCAACAAAAUUGUCAGCAAAAUAUCCUAUGGCCAUACAGAACUAGGAAAGCAGAAGACGGUGGUUCAUUGCGAGGAUGGUGAGUCUCUCGUUGCGGAUAAGGUUGUCUUUACGGGAUCUUUGGGUGUCCUGAAACAACGCUCGAUAAAAUUCUCUCCUCCGCUCCCGGAUUGGAAAACUGGUGCGAUUGACCGACUUGGCUUUGGAAUUAUGAACAAAGUGAUUUUAGUGUUUGAUCAGCCUUUCUGGGACACGGAGCGUGAUAUGUUUGGGCUUCUGCGUGAACCUAGCAGCCGAAACAGUAUGAUGCAGGAGGACUAUGCGGCGAAUCGUGGCCGGUUCUACCUAUUCUGGAACUGCAUGAAGACUACUGGUCUCCCGGUCCUUAUUGCUCUCAUGGCUGGUGACGCUGCGCAUCAAGCCGAGAACACCGCAGAUUCGGUGAUCAUCGCCGAAGUGACCAGUCAGCUGCGUAAUGUCUUCAAGCACGUGGCUGUUCCAGACCCCUUGGAGACCAUCAUAACUCGCUGGGGUACGGACAAGUUCACUAGAGGAAGCUACUCGUAUGUAGCAGCGCAGGCACUUCCGGGCGAUUAUGACCUGAUGGCCAAGCCAAUCGGCAACCUGCAUUUUGCUGGAGAAGCCACCUGCGGCACUCACCCUGCCACGGUCCAUGGGGCAUAUCUAUCCGGACUGCGGGCUGCAUCUGAGGUUUUUGAGUCCAUUCUGGGCCCCAUUGACGUGCCCAAACCGCUUGUUCCGGAGAAGGGCAAGGCUGCCGACCUUGGCCCACCCGCAGCGACGACAGGUCAGAAACGAAAAGAACCUCCCUCAACAAACAGCAAGGGACCAUCACUCGAACCCACUGAUGCAACAACGAACAAUGCAACGCCUGAGGCACUUUAUCGGGAAGCGUAUGACAAAGCCAUGUGGGCCGCCAUCUACGAGGAACUGGGGGCGCCACCCCCACGACCAGCACGCACCGCGCUUAACCCGUUCCUACUGUACCAGAAAGACUACUGGGGCAAAUGUCGCACGCAGUGUGACGAAGCCCGCCGAGCCGCAACCAACGAUCCCAACGCCAAGGCCGCGCGCGACGAGAUCCGUCAAGCGCUAGGCCUCAUGUGGCGCCAGGCCAGCGAGGAGGUGAAACGACCCUACUUGGAGCAGAUAGAGGUCAACCGACAGGCCAAUGCGAAGAUCUGGGAUACCUGGCGUCGCGACAAUGCGGAAUGGGAGAAGAAGUCGUACGAGGUCAAGGAUCGGUGGUGUGCUGCGAAUCCAUUUGCAAGCUGGGGACAGCCUGCGCCGUCGCAGGAACCAAGUACAACCAUUGCUUCAGAGUCUUUCCGUCAGUCUGCGAGUACUAAUAUGUCUGGUCCUUCGCUGAUCUCGCAUGAUGGCAAUGCUGCUGUUGCUAAGACUAAUGGGGAAGCUGCUGCGACCGGAGCAGUUCUGCUACCUAGUCAGCCAGAGGCGCCAGCUACAGCGACCACGAAUGGCGCUUCAGGAGAUAGUGCUCAAUAA